UCUCUGUCUCUCCACCCAUAACAAGGAACUGAUUGGUGAUGCUCAUAGCCAUAUAGAAUAGUUUUGCAUUCACAAUGACAUUGAGCUCUCAGCUUCACAACACUAGUACUAGGGGAAUCCAUUUUCCCAUUCAAAGAAAAUCCCAAUCUCAUAAAAACCUUCACUUUCUCUUUCUCCCAAGUACCUCCACUUGUUCUUUUCCACUCACCACCAACUCCCCGAAAACUAAAUUUCAUCUUCUCUCAGACUCAAUCAAUGAUAAUUUCGUCCAAGACCUCGAGAUUUGUCAUGCACCCGUUAAUGGGGUUCAUCAAAUAGAGGCCCCUAAACCACCCCAGAAUAUUCUCAUCCAGGACCCACCUUGGAUGCAAGAAUGUAGAUUGGUAUUGGAGGAUAUUGAGAAGAACAAGUACAAUUUGCUGAGGAGGAGGCAGAUUAAAGAGGAGACUGAAGCGUGGGAGAGGAUGGUAGAGGAGUAUAGAGAACUAGAAAGAGAAAUGCGUGAGAAGAACUUGGCUCCCAAUUUGCCUCAUGUCAAGGCUCUUUUUUUGGGGUGGUUUGAGCCCUUUAAGGAAGCUAUAGAAGCGGAGCAGAAGUCACUGAGGUCCAAGAAGCACAAAGCAGCAUUUGCGCCCCAUAUUGAUAUGUUGCCUGCAGCUAAAAUGGCUGUUAUUGUCAUGCAUAAGAUGAUGGGAUUGGUGGCUUUUGAGCAUUCCCACGCUGGCUGUGUUUUGCUUGUUAAUGCUGCAGUUCAGAUUGGUAUGGCUGUAGAACAAGAGGUUAGAAUUCAUAAGCUCCUGGAAAAAACUAGAAGUCACCGGAGUAAGAAAACAGAGGCUGGUGGUGAAGACGGUUUGAAUAAUGAUAAACAAAAACUAAGGAAACACAUUAAUGGUUUGAUUAAAAGAAAAACACUGAAACCAGUCCAGAUUCUAUUGAAAAAAGAAGGAUUUAGCCCUUGGGGUCGUGAUACCCAGGCUAAGCUGGGAAGUCGAUUAAUAGAAUUAUUAAUUGAAACAGCAUAUGUACAAUCUCCAGUUAAUCAGUCUGCUGAUACUCCACCUGAUAUUCGGCCGGCAUUCAUGCAUAGAUUUAAAGCUGUAUCAAAGAAUCCUGGGCAAAAGAUUUUGAAGAAUUAUGGCGUUAUAGAAUGUGAUCCCUUAGUCCUUGCUGGGAUGGAUAAAUCUGCUAAGCAUAUGUUAAUACCUUACAUGCCAAUGUUAGUACCUCCUAAAAAAUGGAAAGGGUAUGACAAGGGUGGGCACUUGUUCCUACCAUCUUAUAUCAUGCGUACUCAUGGAUCCAAGAUGCAGGAAGAUGUAAUGAAGAAUGUUAAAAGGACACAAAUGCAAAAAGUUUUUGAGGCCUUGGAUAUACUUGGCAACACCAAAUGGCGAGUAAAUAGAAGAUUACUUAGUGUUGUGGAGUCCAUCUGGGCUGGAGGAGGUAACAUUGCAGGCCUGAUUAAUCGUAAAGAUGUUCCUAUACCAGAGAGGCCACCUGUAGAGGAUUCAAAACAAAUUCUGAAGUGGAAAUGGAGAGUAAGGAAGGCAAAGAAAAUUAAUCUGGAGAGGCAUUCUCUAAGAUGUGACACUGAACUUAAGCUUUCUGUUGCUCGAAACAUGAAAGAUGAGGAAGGCUUUUAUUAUCCCCACAAUCUUGACUUUCGUGGCAGAGCAUAUCCCAUGCAUUCUCAUUUGAAUCAUUUAAGUUGUGAUCUUUGUCGAGGAUUACUUGAGUUUGCUGAAGGGCGGCCUUUGGGAAAGUCUGGACUACAGUGGCUGAAGAUCCACUUAGCGAAUUUGUAUGCAGGUGGUAUUGAAAAGCUUUCUUAUGAUUGUCGCCUAGCUUUUGUAGAGAAUCAUCUUCAUGAUAUAUUUGACUCUGCUGAUAACCCAAUUAAUGGAAAUCGUUGGUGGUUAAUGGCUGAGGAUCCUUUCCAGUGCCUUGCUGCUUGUAUUAAUCUGUCAGAAGCCUUAAGAAGCUCAUCACCAAAUUCUGUUAUCUCACAUCUGCCUAUUCAUCAGGAUGGUUCCUGUAAUGGCUUACAGCACUAUGCUGCUUUGGGAAGAGACACUCUAGAGGCUGCUGCAGUUAACUUGGUCACCGGAGACAAACCUGCUGAUGUUUACUCAGAGAUUGCUGUUAGGGUUCGUGAUAUUAUGAGAAGGGAUAGCAACCGAGACCCAGCUACUUAUCCAAAUGCUUUGUUAGCAAAGGUUUUGAUUGAUCAGAUUGAUAGGAAACUCGUCAAACAGACAGUGAUGACUUCAGUUUAUGGUGUUACUUUUGUUGGGGCACGGGAGCAAAUAAAGAAAAGAUUAGAGGAGAAAGGCCUUAUAACUGAUGAAAAACUUUUAUUUACUGCAGCUUGCUAUGCUGCUAAAGUGACAUUAACUGCCCUUGGAGAAAUUUUUGGAUCUGCACGUGUGAUUAUGGGUUGGCUUGGUGAUUGUGCAAAGGUGAUCACUUCUGAAAACCAGCCUGUUCGUUGGACCACUCCUCUUGGUCUUCCAGUUGUACAACCAUACAGUAAAACUGAACGUCAUCUGAUCAGAACAUCUCUUCAGUUUUUGGCUCUGAGGCGGGAGGGUGAUGCAGUAGAUGCCAAGAAACAGAGAACUGCAUUUCCUCCCAACUUUGUACAUUCUCUGGAUGGUUCACACAUGAUGAUGACUGCUCUUGGCUGCAGGGAUGCUGGCUUAUGUUUUGCAGGAGUUCAUGACUCAUUUUGGACACAUGCAUGUGAUGUGGAGAAAAUGAGUCAGAUUCUUAGAGAAAAAUUUGUCGAGCUUUAUAGCAUACCAAUACUUGAAAAUUUGCUGGAAGGCUUUGAGACAUCAUACCCUGGAUUAACUUUCCCUCCACUGCCACAGAGAGGUGAUUUUGACUUGCGAAAGGUUCUUGAGUCUCCAUACUUCUUCAACUGAGCAUUUCAACUAUUACAAUGGAAGCAUUGUUACCUUAACUUCUAAUGCAAAAUCAUUCAGAAACUUCAGAAGUUGUGAGUCAAAGAAAGAUCCAAGGUUGCUUCUGGAAAAGGCCAGGAAUGAAGAAAACCGGUUCCAAAUGAUAGAUUCGUGAAGCCUCUUGUUAUUAAAAUGUUCACAACAGUACUUCUUUGGUGAUCUAAUCAACACAAGGUUAGUUUAAGAGGAGACUCAAGCUUUGAUCAUCCCUUAGAUUUUUAUAAUCAACAUACAGAGAAGGGAAUUAUCCAUGAAAUUUUAAUGUUGGAAAUUUCCGUCCAUUAAAUUGAGUUAGAAUGCUUGAAGAGAGUCUCAUUUACAAUGCCGAGAUAAUGGCCAUAGCUAACCUUGAUAAUGUAAACCAACUUUUUUCUGUUUACAUGUAUUAUUAUGUAUUACUAAAUAGUUGUAAAGGUCC